GCGUAACACCGUGGCGCAACAACGACACAGUCCCGCGCGUCCCGACUCCAAGGGCAGCAUUUCUUCCCUUUCUCUUCCUCUCUACCUGGCUGGUGCCCAAAUGCAAUUCGCUGCUGCAUUUUAAUCCCGGUAUAUCAUCUUUCUUUUUCUUAUCGACAUGCCAUCAGCAUCAAUAUCUUCAAGUUUGGUUCUCUUCCUCCUCCCUUCGCUAGUCUCUGCUUUCUCUUUCCAGUUCACCAGCCAACCAACACAAUGCGGGAACUUGUCUAUCGCAAUCACUGAUGGGACUGGCCAGCCGCCGUAUAGUGUCCUCAUCAUUCCUUAUGGUUCAUCUCCCCUGCCAAAUAACGUGGAGGCAAGAACAAUCGUGAACCAACCGUUCUCUGGAGACUCCACCGAUGUGAGUUUUCAACUCAAGUAUCCAGCAACCUCGCAAUUCGUAGCAGUGGUUAGUGACAGUAGUGCCUUUGGCUCUGGGGGAACCAGUGUAGUUGCAACAGUAACGGGUAGCAACGAUGCCAGCUGUUUUAACCCAACAAAAACUGUUUCUCCAGACUUUCCGUUCAAUAUCUACCCAUCGGGCCUUGUCGUACAGUGCUCUGCCAGCAGGUUAUGGUGGAAUGCAUCUCAAACACAAGGCGACGUAACUUUCCAAGGUGUCAUUCCGGGAGGAGACUCUUUCUCAAUCCCCGAAGGCCAAAUCACACAAAACGAUUCGUUAGGUACUGGCUUCUCAUGGACUCCAACAGUACGAGCUGGAAACACGCUACUCAUAAUUGCUGGUGACAAUAGAGGAGAGGGAACGGGUGGAAGUGGGUCUUAUAACGUACAACAGGGAGAUGAUCCAAGCAACGCCUGCUUGAACAAUAACUCGCCCUCAUCUACUGCCGGUCCUCCUGCUGGUGGAAGUUAUCCGACAAACAAUUCGGGCGGUACAACGGGUGGUAGUGGAGGAAGAAGUUCAACCAACACUGGAGCUAUAAUUGGUGGCGUAAUCGGAGGCCUUGCAGGUGUUGUCAUCAUUGCUUUAGUAGGGUUAUAUUUCCUCAAGCGCAAGACUGGAAGCACCAAGGCUCGCAAGGAAGGCCCAGUUAAUCUUUUCCAAGGUGACGGAGACGAAGAUGACGAACCACAAGGCGAACUUCCGCAGUAUUAUCGUCCCGUGCCUUUCGUCUUGCCAGACCCUACAGAAGUAUCAUCUGCAUAUGCUCAAGAGAACGGCGCAGGCGGAACUGCUGGUGGCUCACGUUAUGGCACCUCGGAACGCCGACACUCCGCUGCGACGAGUCUCACUGAUGCUCGCUUCCAGCGCGCAGCGACUCCCGAAGCUGCUGGCCUCGGAAUUGCUUCAGGCUCAACCGCUGCUAGUUCACGCAAAACAGCCAUGCCUCAGUUACGACCUGUCAACAUUAUCCAACAUGAUGACGCUGGUUCACCAGUGGAUGAAGCAGACGAACCAGAAACCGUUGAGCUACCACCAGCGUAUACCAACAUUCGAAGAAAUAAUACGUAACCCCCCUCCAUACUUUCUGUAUCAAUGACGGUCGUCGUUCAUGCCAUCUUAUGGCUCUUCUAAAAGCUUGCUAUUUUAUUCAUUCUUUGCUCCCGUUUCCAUCGUUGUUUCACACACACUACCUUUCUUCGCACUUUAUCUAUAGACCUUUCUUUGGUCACUGUUCUGGUUGUAUAUAGUUUUCUUAAACACUUCAGUCAACCACUUUAUUGCCAGGGACUUUGCGAAGCCAGGGAAUGCACGUUCUAUUGACCACUUUCAUACUAGCAUGUAAUAUGCCAUAAUAUACCGUCUACGGUCUUGGCAUGCCCCACAGAUACAGCAUGCGCAGCAGU